AGAGCAGCUAUUGUUAGCCGAGGAGGACCAGCAGCCAGCAGGUUGUGUCAGAGUUUAUCCCCUUCUCACCACCACCUACCUGUUGAAUAUUCACAACAUUAACUCGCCGGCGAGCGAAGGGCCGACUUCACUGUCGAAGAACAAAGUCAAAUCCGAGCUGCAGACAGGUGAGGAAAGGAAGGAAGGAAGAAUUUUGAGGAAAAGUAGGAAGUAAAUAAGGACAACACGACGGUUGGGCUUGGAACGCAACAGGUUAGCUACUUCAAUGUUAUAGCAGCGGCUCGGACUUUUUUUUUCUUUUCCCACGUCGAGAAGUGAACCGAAAACACAGAAAAUGCCUCUGGGACCAUGGAGAAAGAAAAACAAAUCGACGAAGGAGCACUUGGUGGACAACGAGGAGGUCAGCGGCGGACACGCAGGUGCCGGCAGCUUGAGUAAAUCCGCCGUGAACGGAGCGGGGCUGCCGCCUCCACCUGCCAACCUGCGGCCCAAACUGGUCUUCCACACGCAGCUGGCUCACGGAAGCCCGACCGGCAGGAUCGAGGGAUUUACCAACGUGAAGGAGUUGUACGCGAAAAUAGCAGAGGCGUUUAAUAUUAGUCCACCUGAGAUCCUGUUCUGCACCCUAAACACCCACAAGAUCGACAUGGACAAGCUGCUGGGUGGUCAGAUCGGUCUCGAGGAUUUCAUCUUCGCCCACAUUAAAGGGAUCAAGAAGGAGGUGGAGGUCUAUAAAUCUGAAGACGCUCUCGGCCUCACCAUCACCGACAACGGAGCGGGAUACGCCUUCAUAAAGCGUAUCAAAGACGGCAGCGUUGCGGACGGAGUGAAGGUUAUCUGUGUGGGUGACCACGUAGAGUCCAUUAACGGACGGAACAUCGUCGGGACGCGACAUUAUGAGGUCGCCCGCAUGCUCAAGGAGCUGCCCAGAGACAAGUCCUUUACCCUCAAACUGGUCGAGCCCAUGAAGGCUUUUGAAAUGCUUGAGCCCAGGUCGAAGGGUGCCAAACCUGCCAGUGACAACAAGAUCGGCACAGGGAGGGGGACGCUGAGACUUCGCUCCAAGGGCCCAGCUACUGUAGAGGACGAGCCAACAGAAUUUGAGGAGAAGGCGGUGAAGAAAGUGGACGACCUCCUGGAGAGCUACAUGGGCAUCAGAGACACUGAACUCGCUGCUACCAUGGUUGAGGUUGGCCGCGACAAGAAGAACCCGGAUGAAUUCGCCAUGGCGUUGGACGAGACCCUCGGAGACUUCGCCUUCCCCGACGAGUUUGUCUUUGACGUCUGGGGGGCCAUCGGAGACGCCAAGCAGGGAAGAUUUUAAGUUUUAAGUUCCUCCUGCCCCCCUCAAACACACACACACACACACACACAUACAUACACACUUCCUCCAGUCACCUUUUCAUAUCCUCAGAAGCAAACUGGACAAACUUACACCAGCACAAACGGGGGCGGAUGGAUAGAGCCUCUUAAAUCGACAGCCAAGCGGGUUCACAGAUGGAAUUAAGCACGUCAGCGUUUCAGUGUAAUCUUGUAAAGAUAUCCAUGAAAUGUGGAAUGUAGUUUCUGACACCGGAGAGGCCUCCUGCUUGCUAAAGAGCUGGGGAUUAAUUCCAGAUGUUGUGUAAACCUUUUGUACCCCCUCUUUGAGCAAUGAUCACGUGAUGUAGCUGCAUCUUACGAGCUCGUGAUGCUGCUUGUCUGUCUGAGCAGUAAACCUAGUCAACACUGGUUCUGAAUGUGCACAACUUAAACUUUCAAUCAGAGUUUUAAUCACACUUUUAUUGCUGUGUCAUUUUGAAUAUGCAGAUGUGUCACACAGCUUUUUAUAGGCUUUUUUUAUAUGUGAAAGUGUUGCUGAUUUUACAGCAGCAGCAGCAUUGUGUAAUUAGUGUAAUUAUAGAGAUUGUAGCAAUAUUUCUUUCCCUCUCGGGCUUCAUUUUAUUUCCCUCCUGUAUUUUAAAAUCUUUUAAAUGACCUCACGGUGGAAAGAUGUCAGAGCUUUUGGCCACGUUCACAUCCAUGUUUGUUUACCUUGUGAUUUUUCUCAAAACUCUUCUUUGUGCUCUAGCCUUUCAUCCAUGCAAUGCAGAGUUUUAUCUUUCAAUGCCUUUAGCAAAGGAUGACUCUCGUUCCACCAACAUUCCUUAUGUUUGUCAAGUUGUUCUAGUCUGUUAGCGCUGUUAGCAUGUCAUGAUAUGAGGCUUUUUUUUUUUAGAAAUGCACGCUUAUUUUUUUCUUGUAAUUUAUUUUAUCAUGAAAAAUCAUAUGCUGUAAGACAUUUUUACUCUGAGAUGUGGCUCGGUAUGAAAGAAGCGUCUUUCCUGAAUAAGCCAUUUAUAAGACUGUGUCUGGAAUGGGAUCAAUUGCAAUUCAAUGUCUUAAAUGAAUAAAUGCACUCGCAUUAAUGUAACAGCACUAUUUAAAUCACUGUCAAACUGAGUUUAAAUGGUGACUCCACCUACUGUUGCUCGCAGCAGUCACAUAUUGUUUGACAAACCAUAAGGGAUCACUGUUGUUGGAUAGACAAUAAAAUUUGAUGUACUGUUUA